AUGAUGAUGUGGAGGAAACAAUCAAAACUUUAUCUCCUAUUAUGGUUCUUCCUUUGUUUUUUGUAUGUGAGAGCAACUUCAAAUGAUGAGGAUUCAUCCGAUGAUGAAGACAAUCAUGUUUCAUUAGUCGCGACACCAACAUCAUCAGCACCAUUAUCACGGAUCUUAUCUCAGAAAGCUUCACCUAGAGAAUCAUCCACCUAUCACUAUGGAAACGAUCCUCGGAAUGAAACCAAUGAUGAUUUGACAGAUGGUGCCAUUCAUGAAGCUCGACUGGCAAAGAAAAAAAAGGACAACACAGAUCGUCCUACACAGCCCAAUUAUAUUCCUCCUUCAAUGGGUGAUGAUCCAUCUGGUCAUUCAUCAUUCCAACCAGUGGAUGCCAUUGAUGGAACAGUUGGCUUUGGGAAUGAUGAAGCUUUUGGAGAAGAAGAAGAAGAAGAAGAAGAAGAAAGUCCAGGUUUAGGUAAAGUGGGCACGGCUCUGAUUAGUGUUGGAGGUGUCUUAAUGAUUGCGGGUAUCACAGGAGGGAUCUUUGUAUGGCGUAUCCAACAACAAAGACAACCACCAGAAGAAGAGGAACAGCCCCCUCUUGGCUUAUGUACACGAAAAAAAAGUCAUCAUCAGGAUGAUAAUGAGGAUGAUGAUCAAAAUAAUCUAUCACGUCCGUCCAUGUUACCUCGUCAUCCAACAUCAAUCAUCAUGAUGGAUCACCCAUCAUCACCGAUAAGAACGAAUACAGCAUUAGGAAGUCUACGUACUGAAAACAACACUGUAUCAUCAUUGGGACAGAUGAGUCGCCAAGAUGGCUUGGAUUUUAAUUAUUCCAUGGAAAAAUUAUUCCAUCAUGCACGUCAACCCUACAAAGACACCACAUCGCCCUCGAUACAAGAUAACAAUCACUAUCCAACGGAUUCCAUGAUAUCUAGCCUGGUUGAAGACUUUGAUUUUGGGCACCUUACUUCUCCUCUCAAUAUCCAUUUCCCUUCCGUUCUUUCCCAAGAUCGUAAAAUCAAAAUCAACUUGGUUCGAGAUGAUACUAAUUGA